ACUUUGUCUCUGUAGUAACGUCAUCAGCACAGCGCCCCUCCCUCGUCCUACCCUUAAGUAGCACUCAGCGUCUUCCGUCUUCAGUGUUCCUCCUCGAACGGACCCUUUCUCGCACGCGCUCGAGCAAUUUGAGUUCCGAGUGCCAGUUUCUCGCGGUCGCUUCGAGUCAUGACUGUUUCGUAUACGAGUGAGGUUGCGGAUUGUCGGGGUUUCGGAAAUUUCUGGAAGCUUCUGUUCAGGUGGAGAGGGAGCGUCUACAAACUGGUCUGGCAGGAGCUGUUCCUCUAUGCUACCAUCUACUUCUCUUGUUCAGGGAUCUACAGAUUUGUUUUAAAUGAACCGUACAGAAGAGCCUUCGAGAAAGUGUCCCUCUACUGCACCUACUUCAGCGACUUGAUCCCCGUGUCCUUCGUGCUGGGCUUUUACGUGAGCAUCGUCAUCCAGAGGUGGUGGGCGCAGUUCGAGUGCAUCCCGUGGCCGGAGACCAUCGCCCUGGUCGUGUCCACAGCUAUUCAGGGACAUGACGAUCGCGGCCGACUCAUGCGCCGAACUAUCAUGCGUUACGUGAACCUGGCUUUCACGUUAACGCUGCGCAUGAUCACCCCGCGAGCCAAGAAGCGCUUUCCAACCCUCGACCACAUGCAGGAGGCUGGGUUAAUGACCUCAUCCGAGAGAAAGAUCUUCGAGGCCAUUAGCAAGGUCACCCCCCACCCUAUGUACUACCUGCCUCUGGUGUGGACGGGCAGCGUGGUGUCCAGAGCGAGGGCGGAAGGGCGCGUCCGAGAUGACUUCGCGAUGAAAACGAUUAUCGACGAAUUAAACGACAUCAUGAGAAAACUCGGAGACCUCCUGAGCUACGACUGGAUCAGCGUGCCGCUUGUCUACACGCAGGUGGUGAGUCUCUCCGUCUACUCCUUCUUCAUCGCCACCAUCAUGGGCAGGCAGUUCCUCGACCCGACCAAGAACUAUCCGAACAACAGCAUCGACUUCUACAUCCCGGUGUUCACCUUCCUGCAGUUUUUCUUCUACAUGGGAUGGCUCAAGGUGGCCGAAACCCUCAUCAACCCUUUCGGAGACGAUGACGAUGAUUUCGAAGUCAAUUGGCUCAUCGACCGAAAUAUCCAGGUAUGCUAUCUCAUCGUGGACGAGAUGCACAACGAGCACCCAGACCUCGUUCAGGACCUUUACUGGGACGAGAUCUUCCCCCCAGAGCUGCCUUAUACCUACGCCUCAGAGCAGUACCGCCGCGGGCCCCCGAUGGGUAGCACUGCCAACCUCGUCAUACCGCAGGAGGAGCAGGAGAUACUGCCCGUGUUGGACGAAGUGCCUGAGGAGGGGGAUGUCGAGCAGAGAAGAGGCUCCAUCAUGUCAACUCGAUCUUUGAAGACAGGAAGAAGGAGUUCGAUGUAUGUGUUUCAGCAACGUCUCAAGUCUUCAAGUAACCCAGGAAGCACGACCUCCAUCCGUCGACCUCGUCCUCGAAGUCUCACCCUCAACCGGUCCCUGUCGAAGGUGUCUGGAAGCUCCUACUUGCACGGCAGCCGCCUCAACCUAGCGAGGCAUAAUACCAGCACCUUCUCCGUACAGAGUGACGUAUCCAGAGUGUCCAGUGACUCAAUGUCUCUGAUGGGCGGAAUAUGUGGGCGUGACGAGAGGCGACCUUCCUUGCAACGGCAGAUUGCACACGAUGACGAAGGCGCAAUACAUAUCAACAUCAAGAAACAGGAUAAUGAAGGAAACAUGUUAUCGGGGUCGAGAGACGAACUGGUCAAGAACGAGGAGUUGAACCUUGACGAUGACGAUGCAACAAGGAGUAGAAAAUUAACACGUGACGAAGGGAAUCUCUUUGCCGAGGUCCGUUUCCAGCCUCAGGUGCAUGGGAAGCACCUGACGCGGUCGAUAUCCAGCUGAAGUUUGUGUUCCGCCACUGUCAGGUCCCGGGCCCACACUUUCUAAACCGUUGUUUGGAAGCACUUCAAAGCGGUUGUCCUAGCAGAGCGAUAAGGAGCGGAAAGGCAUCCGGCUGCGAGUGCUGGUGGACCCUGUGAUGGUGGUGGGCGUAGAAGGAAGAAAAGAGCACAAUGAAGGUUGUCUGGCAUUUACAGGCCACGACGAGGAGGAAAGUCUCGCGAUUAAAUGUGGGAAACACACUCGUUCGAGCUCAGAGUUGGGGCUGAAAUUGUACAAAAAAGAAAACGGGAGGGGAAAAGAAAUAGAAAACGAGGGUAUUUUCUAAGUGUAUUUUUGAGAUUUGUGAUCAUGAGCAGGGGAUAAUCAUGCAGCAUCCGUUUGACAUUCAUGCGCAUCCGCUAUUGUGUGGGCAAGAACAUGACAAGCACAUGAUAGUCCGCUGUUUGUGGUUGUUUGUUGUUGUUAAGUGGAAAUGACAGGCAGAAGAGAAUACUGUACACAAAAUAAGUUUAUUGUAAGACAAGAUAAUGCUACGGUGAAACUGUUUUGUCUCAUCUAAUAAACUUAUUUCGUGCAUUACUGAUCUUUCAGAUUUUCUUGAAGUAUUUUUAUGUGCAAUAUCGACUUGGAAUCACCCAACAUAUAUAGUCCAUAUCACUAUAUCUUAUAAUAAUCCUUAUCACCAUAUCAGUACUAACAAUCAGUUUCAUAACGAUUUGAUAAUGGCAGUGCCUUUGAAGUUAUACAAUGAUUAUGCUCGCUUGCAGUAAUAUCAUCUGUGAUUGUAAAUAUAGAAAAAUAUAAAUGCAUACAGCACACAGCAGCCUAGAAAUGUUUCUGAAUAACAGUGAGAUAAUGUAAAUAGAACAAUCUUUAUGUGAGAACUUUACGUGAUAUGCAUGUUAAGUUAGUUAUGUCUUAUCUCAUUUGUUAAAUAUAUGUUUGUUUUUCUUCUU